UUUGGGGAGGAGAGGAAGGUACCUCCAGGGGAUGGGGCGAGGCACCUGAGAUACUCCAUUUGAGCCCGUAAGCUCUGCUUGAUUGCCUGGGGGUGGGGUGGGGGCGGCAGGCGGGAUUCUGACCUAUCGUAUGGCCCAAGCUGGCAUAGGCUUUCUGGGCGGUGUUUAUUCACCACCUGCCUACAGCAGCCACCCUCACAUGCAGGCUGCCCAGGCGGCCCGGCUUCCUGGGUGCGGGGGUACAUUGCACGUACCUCGCUCACGUGAGGACAGCCAGUCUCCGCGGGCGGAGGGACAGGGCCUGCAUGCCCAGCGAAAUCCAGGCCCAGCCGAUGUCCCUGUUCCCAAAACCGACCGCACCUGCGUCUCACACUAGAACCCCAACGUCGGGCGGUUCCGCUCGCCACCCUUUCCCCAGCCGGAACUGCUGGGCGGCGUGCCCCUGACACCUAGAGAAGGGAGUGUCGGGAACGCCAGGGGUUGGGAGCAGAGAAGCGGGUAGGGGUGGGCGGGGGACGAGCUCCGUGGCCGCAGACGGAACCCAAAGCACGAGGCCAUGACCGCCGGGGGACCGGUGUUCCCACAGCACCUGCCCCGCAUGACCUCCGGCCGUUUCCGGCGCAGGAGGAGGAUGUGGGCGAUGAGCGGGGCGCUGCGGCCCUGGGUUCUAAUCUUGGCACGGUCCCCGGGAGCCCGGACCUACGCUGGGGGCGGGGGCGUCUCCUACACGCAGGGCCAGAGCCCAGAGCCUCGGACGCGCGAGUACUUUUACUAUGUGGAUCAUCAGGGCCAGCUUUUCCUGGACGACUCCAGAAUGAAGAACUUCACCACAUGCUUCAAAGAUCCGCAGUUCCUGGUCAUGUUCUUCUCCCGCCUGAGACCCAACCGCAGCGGGCGCUACGAGGCCUCCUUCCCCUUCCUCUCGCUCUGCGGCAGGGAACGCAACUUCCUACGCUGCGAAGACCGGCCCGUGGUCUUCACGCACCUUCUGGCCGCGGGCCCCGCGCCCCAGCGCCUCUCCUACUGCGGCGGCGGCGAGGCCCUGGCUGUGCCCUUCGAGCCGGCGCGCCUGCUGCCUCUGGCCACGAAUGGGCGUCUCUACCACCCAGCCCCGGAGCGCGCGGGCGGCGUGGGCCUGGUGCGAUCGGCCCUGGCUUUCGAGCUCAGCGCUUGCUUCGAGUACGCGCCAGGCGCGCCCGAGCUGCCCUCGCACGUGCGCUGGCAGGGCCGCCGUUUCGCACUCACCAUGGACCUGGCCCCGCUCCUGCUUGCUGCCACGCCGCCCUGAACCGCGGGCCAGCAUCCGCUAGCACCCGCAGCGCCCCGGGCCGCCUCGCUGCGCACGCGCCACCCGGAGAGCGCGCCGGCCGAGUGCGCGUGCGCGGCGAAGGUGCGCCGCGGCCCCGCCCCACCGGCGCUGUCCGAGGUGGCGCCGCGGACCGAGUCCCGACGCCGGCAGGGGCGGGGUCUCCGGGGCCCUACUCCCUCCACACACCCCCGGCCUGGGGCGUUUUCAUCCUGUGGUCUGCCCCGCGCUCGCGACAGCGGAUCGGGGCGGCCGGGCGGGAGGCGCGGGGGCUCCAGUGCGCGAGCCCAAGCGGCGCCCGUCCCUCCCCCGCCGGGUGCUGCUCUGUGGGCCGGGGUUCGGCGGGGGAGCCGCGCCGCGGGAGCGUCAGGUGAGGGGGCGCCCGGCCCAAGGUCAGCGGGCGUGGGGCGGGAUCAGGGCCCAUCUAACGGGGACCACGCCCUGCCCUGAACCUGCUCUGGACAGACCGCGCCGAAGGGGAUGCAGGGGGCCCAUCGGGCCUCGCACUGCGGAGAAGAGCGAAGCAGGGCUUCCUCCAUUAUCCCUUCACUCACCCCUCCUCGCACAGAUGGGCCCCCUGGAGACUGACAGCUGUUGCCAAAUCCAGUAUGUUACACCCCACCUCCUACCCAGACAGAUUAGGAGGGUUUCCGCUGGGUUAAAGUAUUUCUGAGCUAGCGUCCCCUGCUCUUCCUGCUUGAGUCCUCAACCAUGCCCAGGCCAGCUCUUCCACACGUAUCAGCAUCUAGGGGGUGUCCACGUGAGCAGCAAUCCUCUUAAGUCCUUAAGAAGAAGCCAAGAAUCUUCUCUGAGAGGCCUUGCCGCUGAAAGCUGGGUGGGCACUCUGGGCCAGCCCUUUUGCUGAGGGAAGUGGGUCCCAGGGGCUAAGAAUGCUCCCCAACUUCUUGGGGUUCACACACAUUCUGAGACACCUGGGAAUUGCUUCUGCCUAGACCAAAGCAAUUGCAUUAAAACUUUCACUGUG